AGCAAAGCGGUCAGAGAAUGGCGCUAUGUAGAAGAGCUCGAUUCCGAAUGCACUUUUGUGCAAGUCGCCACUUUCUAAAAACAACUGCAGUUUAUCAAAAACGACAUUCGUCGGAAAACGUGUCCUCUAAAUCUAAAGCCAGCUCCGAGCUGGAUAAUCAUGUCCUCUACACACAGGAGCAUUUUGCACUGAAGGACUCAUUAAGAAAGCUCAUUGAUCAGGAGAUCAACCCUUUUGUGGACAAAUGGGAGGAUGAGGGUCAAUUCCCUGCACACAAAGUCUUCAAGAUCCUUGGGAGUGCUGGAUUUCUGGGAGUCAACAAACCCGUCGAAUAUGGAGGUCUGGGGUUGGACUUCAGCUACAGUGUGGCUGUGGCAGAGGAGCUGGGCAACAUCAAUUGUGGAGGCAUUCCCAUGGCCAUCGGUGUGCAGACUGAUAUGGCAACUCCUGCACUGGCUAGAUUUGGAUCUGCAGAGCUGAAAAAAGAGUUCUUGCUUCCAUCCAUAAUGGGAGACAAAGUGGCGUGCCUGGGAGUGAGCGAAGUCGGUGCCGGCUCUGAUGUUGCAAGUAUAAAGACGAAGGCUGUGCGUAAAGGAGACGAGCUCGUCAUUAACGGGGGAAAGAUGUGGACCACCACUGGAACGCAAGCAGACUGGAUGUGCCUCUUGGCCAAUACAAGUGAUGGGCUACCACACAGGAACAAAUCCCUCAUCUGCCUACCCAUGAACUUGCCUGGAAUUCAUAUUGCCCGUAAAAUUGAUAAGCUGGGCAUGAGGUCCUCAGACACGGUGGAGGUGUUAUUCGAAGAUGUUCGGGUACCAUGUAAAAACGUCAUAGGUGAAGAGGGAAUGGGCUUCACGUACCAGAUGUUGCAAUUCCAGGAAGAGCGCCUUUGGGGUGUGGCCAAUAUUCUAACGAUGAUGGAGAAAGUGGUGCAGGAGACGAUUAACUACACUCGGCAGAGGAAGAUUUUCCAGCAGCCAGUGUUGCAUCACCAAGUAGUGCACUUCAGGUUAGCAGAGCUGCAGACUGAGAUCGAGCUCCUGCGCUCUCUGCUGUAUCGUUGCACAGCGCUGUACAUUAAGGGCAAUGAUGUGACAAAGUUGGCAAGCAUGGCAAAGCUGAAGGCAGGUCGUCUGGCACGCGAGUUAGGAGACAGCUGUUUGCAGUACUGGGGAGGGAUGGGCUUCACCAGUGAUGUCCUUGUCAGCAGGUUCUACAGGGACUCCAGACUGAUGUCAAUAGGUGGAGGAGCAGAUGAAGUUAUGCUCUCGAUCAUUUGCAAGUACAUGGACACCCUGCCCAGGAAAUAACACCACUGUGUAAUUUCUGUCUUGGUGCAAACAAAGCUUUCUUAACUUAGUUUGAACUCAAAACCUACUUCAUAAUUCAUUUUAAUGAAGCAGGUUUAAUUAAUAAAAGAUUACAUCACCUCCUGCCUUAACAGGUAAUGGAAAGCUGGUCUAUAUGAGAACCUUGUACUUAUCUAAACUGAGUAGUUUGAAGGGGUUGCCUUUAAAAAAAAAGGAAAAAAGAUUAUUUGAAUAGAAAGCUAUAAUUGCUAGCCCGUUCUUAAAGUGGUUUUACCUGAAACCUAUUCUGAGGGGGAAAAUUCUCUAUACAGAAUCUACAGGACUGAAAACCAUUUGGAGUGGAGCUUAAAGUGCGAUCCUAUUCAUGUUUCUUUUAACCACUAAUUUUUUUGAAGUGGAAAUCCAAUUUGGUACCUGAGCACUUUCAUUUCAGGAACUAAUUUUUACAAAUCAGUAUGCAAUGUUGUGCAUUUGCUUGUUUGUAGCCAGAAGUAUAUACAGAAUUGGUGCACUGGUAACUGAUCUUGCUGAAUAAAAUAUCAUGCAUUAA